CUCUGUUUCUUCCUUUCAUUUCCUUCCAUUAUGUCGACACUCUUCUUCUUCCCUUCCCACUUCCCCACUUUCAUCUUCUUCCUUCUCUAUCUCUUUAUCUUUCUCUUUUUCUCUUUUUUUUCUUCUUCCUUCAUCCAUCCCUCUCUGUUCCAACUCUUUUUUAAAAACCCAAAACAACCCAUCUUCUCUCCAAACGCCCCAUCAAUCUACUCCUUCUCUUCCUCUUUGCCUGAUUCCGUUUCUGGCGCUUUCCCUGUUCGAAGAUUCCAGAUUUGGGUUCUUCGAAUUUCUAAUCGGGUUUUAAUUCCCCACUCUACCUUCCCUCUUCUCUCAUGUUUUUCUUUGAGGAUUUGUUGCAGAUGAUCUGUAUUCGAGGUUUCCAGGAUAAAACUCGGCUUCUCUCUGAGUCUUUCAUACGGACCGUAUCCGAAUCCAUGGCCAAUUCAUCUUGUGGGGUCUCAGAAGUAGAGCUCUGUAGAAACGAUACGGCUGCGCUCCGUUACAAAUUAAUCGCCAUCGCUUCGAUUCUAACAUCGGGAGUCAUCGGAAUCGCCCUUCCAUUGUUGGGUAGACAGUGUCGGUUCCUCAAAACAGACGGCAACCUGUUCGUGGCAGCGAAGGCGUUUGCCGCCGGUGUGAUUCUAGCCACCGCCUUCGUCCAUAUGCUUCCGGAUGGAUCCGACGCCCUCUCCGAUCCGUGCUUGCCGGAAUUUCCAUGGUCCAAAUUCCCAUUCUCUGGAUUCUUCGCUAUGAUGGCGUCGCUGUUGACGCUUCUCGUCGAUUUCGUUGGAACUCAGUAUUACGAGCGGAAACAGGGGAUGAUUCGGUCGAAAGAGGAGGCGAAUAGGGUCGGCUCGGUGGAGGAUUCCGGAUUAGAAUCCGGCAUUGUUCCAGCCGGAGAUUUGAACGUGAAACUAUUUGGGGAAGAAGACGGCGGCGCGAUGCACAUCGUCGGAAUGCAUGCCCACGCCGCCCAGCACCGGCACAGUCAUCCGCAAGGGAAGGAGGCAUGUGAUGGGCACGUGACGGUUCAUGAUCAUGGGCAUGGGCAUGCCCAUGGACAUGGUCAUUCUCAUGGGCUGGACGGCGAUGAUGACGAAAGCGGUGUACGACAUGUCGUUGUUUCCCAGAUAUUGGAGCUUGGAAUAGUGUCACAUUCAGUGAUAAUUGGGCUGUCUCUGGGAGUGUCCCACAGCCCAUGCACCAUUAGACCUUUAAUUGCAGCCCUGUCCUUCCAUCAGUUCUUUGAAGGCUUUGCCCUUGGUGGCUGCAUUUCUCAGGCUCAGUUCAACACCCUCUCCACCUCCCUCAUGGCUGUCUUCUUUGCCAUCACCACCCCCCUCGGGAUCGCCGUAGGCGCUGCAGUUGCCUCUACCUACAACCCCAACAGCACCGGGGCGUUGGUUGCUGAAGGCAUUUUGGACUCUCUAUCGGCCGGAAUUCUCGUGUACAUGGCUCUUGUUGAUUUGAUUGCGGCCGACUUUCUUAACAAGAGAAUGAGCUGCAAUUUUAGGCUCCAAAUUGUUUCGUAUUGUACUCUCUUCCUCGGCGCGGGAUUGAUGUCUUCGCUCGCGCUUUGGGCUUGACCUCAAAUUCAAUUACAUUACACAACUGUUUUUUUUUUUUUUUUUCUUUUCUAAAAUUGGGAUGAAAUUGUUUCUUAAAAGCAAGAGGUAGAUGAUGUUAGGGAAUUAAUGCUUUUCACUUUUCAGAAGGGUUUGGAAGAACCCAACGCAUUAGAUUAGAUUAUGUAUACUUAUACUUAAAAAUCUCUUCUGUAGCUUUACGUACCCCCCAAGAAAAAGAAAACAAGUUUGAUGAUGAUAUUGAUUUUAGUUUUCCUUUUAAUAACAAUAUUGUUCUGUAA